UUCCAACAAGAAAUUUUCAGGGAAAUGCAUAAAAGAAAGCAGCGUUUACAAAUUACAAUAGAGAGACAAGGAAGCUAAUAACCCUUUGAGCAACUUAGUCGGUGAAGCGACUUCUUCAAAAAUCGGCGGAAAGAGAAGCUUGACGUUACUCUUUCCCCCAUCAUGCCGCACCAUAAGCGUGCCCCCUAAGUAUGCCAUUCUCAUUCUUGUUCUUGUAUAUAAAACUCACCUUUCUCUUCGACCUUCACUAGACAUCACAUAUUUUCAACCUUAUUAUAUAUCAGUAGUUGCAUUGGAAGUAGCUACUUAAGACUUGUUACAUUAAUGGAAGGAGAGGGAAGCAUUCAUGUACAAGUUGAUGAACUCCAAAGGGUGAGGCUCAGCGAAACCAUCAGCAUAGGCACCACCAUGUUUGAGCCUCGUGGACUCAGCAGCAUAGACAAGUUGGACAGUAAUAAUAGCACUGCCAAUUCUGUGUCUUCAACAACCUCAGCACCAGAAAAGAAGCUAACCCUUUUCGCUCUUCAGCUUGCAGUGCUUGAGAAAGCAGCAACCGGGUUAGGAACUCUCGGUUUCAUUUGGGCAACCGUUGUCCUGCUCGGCGGUUUCGCCAUCACCUUGGAGAAAACCGAUUUCUGGUUCAUCACCAUCAUACUUGUAGUUGAAGGAACCAGGAUUUUCAGCAGGAGUCAUGAACUUGAAUGGCAGCACCAAGCCACAUGGUCUAUCACUGAGAACCAUCAGCACCAAUAUGUUUCUACAGAUACUACCCCAACAAGGACACCAACUAGGAUGUGGAUUAGCUCAGAUGUUCCACUCCUGCCAUAUGCUAAAUGGUUUUUCCUUUCAAGGCAUGUUAGUAGGCUUCUCUAUUGGCUUCAACUUCUUUCUGCAACAGCUUGUGUGGUUCUCUCGUUAAUAAAGCUCGUCAAGCAUGAUUAUGGAGAGGUGGCAAAAGGGGACACUGACAAGAGGAAUCGCAAAUCUGCUCUCUCCAUCUUCUAUGCCUUGGCUCUUGCAGAAGCUUUAUUGUUCCUGAUGGAAAAGGCCUAUUGGGAGUGGCAAGUCAGCUAUUGUAAACUGUUGGAAGAGGUCGACAAGGAGUGUGAGUUGGGGUCAUCAGGAAUGGUGUCCACUAGAAGGUUCUUCUAUGAUGCCUAUUCAAGAUGUGUCAAUGGAAGCAUAUUUGAUGGCUUGAAAAUGGAUAUGGUAGGUUUUUCCAUGGACUUGUUGGCUUCUAACUCCCCUGAUGAGCAGCUCAUUGGAGCAAGAAUUCUGAGGCAGUUUUCAAUCAGUGAAAGAUUUUCUGAUGACACCCUUCAAAAGAUUGGAAUUGACAUAUCAAUGGUGGAGAGACUAGUUGAGAUGUUGAAUUGGACAGACCCCAAGGAGGAAGAGAUUAGGCUCUCAGCUGCUGAGAUUUUGUCAAAACUAGCUGGCAAGAAGCAGAACUCUCUCCGCAUAGCCGGAAUACCAGGAGCUAUGGAAUCAAUAUCAUCGCUUCUACAAACUAAUAGGAGUGUGAUUCCUGCAGCUGAUGAGAUUGGUGAAAAUAAACUUUUAUUUGAUCACCAAAAUUACGGGUUCUGGACAUUUAACCACUUGGGACUCCUCAUACUGAAAAAACUUGCACGUGACCUUGACAACUGUGGAAAGAUUGGAAACACUAGGGGCCUCCUUCCAAAGAUCAUAGACUUCACACGUGCCGAAGAGUGGUUGCUCAAGAGUGAAAAUGUUACUCCAUCUCAAGUUCUGACACUGAAGAGAUCUCUGCAACUGGUGAAGAUGCUGGCUAGUACAGAUGGCACCACUGGGAAACAUCUUCGAAGAGAGAUUUCGGAGAUAGUUUUCACCAUCAGCUAUAUUAGAGAUAUUUUAAGAUAUGGAGAGAAGCAUCCCCUUCUGCAGAAACUGAGCAUAGAAAUUUUAACCAGUCUGGCAUUGGAAGAGGAUGCAACGGAAAGAAUAGGGGGUACAGGUGGAGUACUUAAAGAAUUGUUCAACAUAUUUUUCAAACACAACAUACCAGAAAAUCAGAAACAUGUAAAAAUUGUUGCUGGUGAGGCCCUUGCAAUGCUGGCUUUAGAAAGCAAGAGUAACUGCCAUCGAAUUUUGAAGUUGAAAGUACUAGAGAGGCUCGUAGAAGCAUUGAAAGAUCCAUUGCUUCGUGUCAAUGCAGCUAGAAUUCUACGAAAUUUAUGCACCUAUAGUGGAUCAGAAUGGUUCAUCCAGCUAAAGGGAGUAACAGCUGCAGCACCCGUAAUACUUCAGGCGAUCAUAUCAGAAGAAAACAAGAUACAAGAGGUGAUUGUUGGACUAGCAGGAAAUGUUUUCAGAUACAUGACCUCUCAUGAAUCAAGCAUUGUAUUUGAAGAAGCUGGAAUCACGGAGGCUGAACUUGCAAACAAAUUAGUUCAGAUUCUCAAGAAACACCAGUAUCCCCCAACUAAGGUUCCAAGGAUAAGGAGGUUUGUCAUAGAGCUGGCUAUUUGGAUGAUGAAAGACAAAGCUGAAAACAUAGAUACCUACAAGGGUCUGGGAAUGGAUGAGGUGUUGGAGGGUGUCUUAGAGACCACAUCAGAACUUGAAAGCUUUAAUGUUUUCUCUGGCACUGUUGGACUGAACCGGCACACUCUAACAACUCAGUCACUGGUUGAGAUGGCAUUGAAAUUGAUGGAAGAUAGGUAAACUAUCGACCAUAGUACUAUAGCACAAAAUCAGUUAUCCACGUUGGCCUAGAGAGACUAAUGUUGCAACUUGCAAGUGUGCGGAUACACUAAACCGUAAAUUCUCCAAAAAGACAGACAUGUUUGCUGCGGCUGAAAAGAUGGCCUAACUCAAUACUUUAUUCAUUAAUUUUCUAGAUUCAACGUUGAAAUAAAUUAUUGAUAUUUUCCUUAAGAUCUGUGAUUCUGAUGUGCUUCCUGCUUCAAUUUCUUUUAUUUAAAAAAUAUAUAUAUAAAAUUGUAACUUUACUUUUGAAGGCUCCA